UUUCCAAGUUUUGUUUUAAAUAUUUCCAAGUUUUGUUUAAACUAUUUCCAAGUUUUGUUUAACCUAUUUCCAAGUUUUGUUUUAAAUAUUUCCAACUUUUGUUUAAACUAUUUCCAACUAUUGUUUAACCUAUUUCCAGGUUUUGUUUUAACUAUUUCCAGGUUUUGUUUGAACUAUUUCCAACUUUUGUUUCACCUAUUUCCAGGUUUUGUUAAAACUUUUCUUCAACUGAAGUUUUGUUUUACCUAUUUCUAG